AUGGAUCAGCUCCACCAAGCAUUAUUUCAAGCACCUUACAACAAAUUCAAUAGAAAAUUUCUCUGUAACUUCAUCGUCAACACCGUUCAGCAAGAAAUUCUUCAUAGAUUAAUUCCAUUGUUCACCAAGAAAUGCAACUCAGGUGAAGUCUUUGAUCUACAAGAUGUGUUCAAACACUUCUCCUUUGACACUAUCUGCAAAGUGGCUUUCGAUGAAGACCCUUGUUGUUUAGCUAAUGACACUUCAAGACCACAACUGGUUCAAGCCUUUGGUGAUGCUUCUCACACUGUUGUCAAAAGGUUCAAUGGUCUAUCCUCUUUUACUUGGCGUAUCAAGAAGUUGUUGAAUCUUGGCUCUGAGAAAAGGCACAAAGAAUCUAUCAAGAUCAUCAACAACUACGCCAUGAACAUAAUAAAGUCUCAUAGAGAAAGCAAAGAAGAAGAUGAUGAUCUUUUGUCCCGCUUCUCUAGCUUUGAACAAAGAUAA